AUGAUUCCUUGGAAAUCAGAAUUGGUGCCUUCCCCCAAAGAUGCUGCUGAAGGAGAAGAAGGAAGCUGUUGCCCCCAUCACCCCCAAGACAGAAGCCAAGCCCAAGGCCUUGAAGUCCAAGAAAGUGGUGUUGAAGCAUGUCCACAGACACAAAAAGAAGAGCUAGACAUCCCCUACCUUCCAGUGACCCAAGACACUAAAACUUUGAAGGCAGGCCAAAUACCCACAGAAAAGUGCCCCUGGAGAAACAAGCUUGAUCACUAUGCCAUCAUUGAUUUUCUCUUUACCACUGAGUCAGCUAUGAAGAAGAUUGAGGACAACACCCUAGUCUUCAUUCUGGACAUCAGGAUCAAGAAACAUCAGGUCCAGCAGGUGGUCAAGAAACUGUAUGAUAUUGAUAAGGCCAACAUCAACACACUGAUCCAGCCUGAUGGAGAGAAGGCCUAUGUCCAACUUGCUCCAGACUAG